GACAUUCGUGUUGAUUGUAAAUAAUUUAGGUUAUGUUGUUAUAUCACGAGCGGUGUUUAUCUAUUUAAUGUUAAAAUAAGCCUGACAAUGAUAGAAGGAUUAAAUGCCCGUUUAGUUUCUUUUCGAAAUACAAUUUCUACCUUAAGCAAACGUAAGACAUAUAGGUAUGGUUUGCCCUUCAUUCUGUUCAUGGUCGGAGGAUCUUUUGGUUUACGUGAAUGGACACAAAUCAGAUAUCAAUUCUCGCAAGUAAAGGGUGUUAGUAAAGAUGAAGCUGAAAAAAUGGGACUCCACCGAGAAAAUGAAGUAACCCUAGAAAAAACAUAUGAAGAAAUACAAAAACUGGACAUAGACAAUUGGGAAAACAAGAGAGGGCCACGACCUUGGGAAAUGGCUGAAGAACAAAAAAAGAAAUAGAAGUUUUCACAAUUUUCCAUUAACCAAAAAGUAUUGGUUGUUGUAAAUAUUUGUUAUAUUUUAGUGUUAUUAAACAGAAAUAUUGUUAAAUGUUAUUGUUUAUAUUGUCUUAAGUGUUGAGAAAGUUCAAAUUAUAUGUACCUACCAAACUAAAGUCACAAAAUAUGUUUUUAAAUAUAUGUAUACUUAUCAUUCUUUUUUACUGAAUGAUAAGUAGGUUCUUUAACAGCUCUGAUAGUGUUAGUUGUAGUAACACUGAAACUGUGAUUAUGGUAAACAAAACAAGGACUUACUGAAAAUUGUGGGCAAAAACAGAUUAUUAAUGUAAAAGGAAGAGCUACUAAACAACCAAACAAUUUAUUUUGUUAUCCUGUUGAAGGACUAACUAAAAUAAUAUUCAACCUCAAAUAUAUUCCUUCAAAAUAAUUGAAGUGUUAAAAUAAGUUUGCAAUACCA